GGACAGCCGGAGCUCUACAGAAAAAAACUUCAUCUCAAAGGUCCUGGAGGUGGAACUUACAUCUUCAAACUUGGCUGAAGGCUCCUUUAUCCUCUGAGCCACCUUAUUGGCCCCACAAUACAGUUAACAGCCUGCAGCAGGACCGUGAGCCGCCUUCUACAGCUGUGAUAUUCCUGGGUAGAAACCUGGGACUUGGGUCUGUGUCUGGAAUCUGCAAUCAGAAAGGCCAGCACUUAACGACUCAACUUCGACGACUCAACCUUAUAUCGUGACGGUCUCAUUUCGUCUCAGUCUCACCAGUGAAAAGAGCAGAGGCACCAGAGCCCAACAUCACAGCCUUUUACUUCUGAUUGUGCAUGCUUUUUUGUGAAGAAAGAAUGGCUCACCUAAAGAUAAAUGGUUUGGUCCAGAUCCGCAGCACAAACAGGAGCAAGCACACCAGGGCAUCUCAGUGGAAAGAAGCAGUCAUCGAAAUAGUAGAAAGAAAACAGAAAGUUAAUCUGGUGGUUUCUUUCAAAUUGGAAGAAAGGAGAAGGGUUUUUCAGCUGGGUGAUAAUGUUACAGGUGUAGUGGUUAGUGGCGAGCUGGGACUGUACCAUCUGGAUUUAACUUUGAGAGACGACACAUCCUUACUCAUCGACAAGUUAUCCUCCGCAGAUGUUGAACAUCUGAAGUCAUUCCUGGAUUCGUCCACUCCAUGUGAAUCCCAGCAACCUAUGGAGCCCAUGAGUAGUCAGGAUGACCUUGAAAGCAGUGAUCCAUUUUUCAGGGAGCACCAGGAGGCAGCCUGCGGAUCCCUGAACACCACUCCAGAAAGUGGGACACCACUGUCCCGCAAGAUGCCACUUUCUAUGUCCAACACCACAGGUGGCCAGAAGAGAGGAGAAAAACAAGGCAGAAAGAGGAAGACAGAACCAUCCUCAUCCAGCGUGGAAGUGAACAAAGACAUUCCCAAAGAAAAUACUCCUGAACAAAAGAAGAAAUCCAGGCGAUAUUACUCCAGGAACAGAGGUGGCAAAGCAGAGAAAGCCGUGACCUUAAGAGAACAAGAAAAGCGUAACAAUUGGAAACUUGAACCUGCUUUCAAUUCAAAAUCCUAUGGAAGGGCUAACCUAGACGGCACAAUCCUUCCGAUUGCGACAUGCUCAGAUGACAGAGAUGUAUCAAUAUUUGGACUGGAGAUUAUAACACACAACGGAGUCCAAUCACUUCCUGACCCUUACCUAAACCAACUAAAGCGUGAAGGCUUCCCGAAUUUGGGGAAUACUUGCUACAUGAAUUCCAUUUUACAAUCUGUCUUUGGGAUUCCAACCUUUGCAAAGGACUUACUCACUCAAGGCAUACCAUGGGAGAAAGUCUCCUACGAUGACCUUAUCAUGCCCUUGAGCCAGCUUCUUGUCUUGAAAGACAUUCGGGAUGUAGAGAUCAAGGGGGAGUUACUCACCAGUGUGAAGAAGUCCAUUUCCACAGUUGCAGACACAUUCUCGGGCAAUGAACAGAACGAUGCCCAUGAGUUUUUAAGUCUGUGUUUAGACCAGCUGAAACUGAACAUGGAAAAAGUAAAUGCCAUGUGGGAUACUGAGAGGAGAAACACAUGUGGCACCAAAAGGUUUGUUUGUCCCGUUGGUGCUAAUUUUGAAUUUGAGCUGCAUAGCUCCAUCAUCUGUGAAGGCUGUGGUGAGGCUACUAUCAAAACCGAAGUGAGUAAUUACCUCUCCAUUGACCUGCACCACGGGACAAAAACACACCCUCUAUCAAUUCAAAAGUCUUUUGAUCUUUUCUUUACACCAGAAAAAAUUGAGCAUAACUGUGAGAAGUGCAAGAACAGGAAUUCUGUUCUCAAGUACACAUUGAGGCGACUCCCCAGGGUCCUCAUUGUUCAUCUGAAACGCUACCAAGUUACCACUGACUUGUUGCCGGUGAAGAGUGAGCAGCCAGUUGAGAUUUCAAAGUAUUUAAAUAUAUCUUCCCACUGCCAUGAAAACAGGAAGCUACCACUUCCCUUGGCUACUACAUCACCAGAUAUCUCUCAAGGGAUUAUGCCUGGGAUCUUCAACCAGUCAAUGUCAUCUAAGAAGAUGACUUCAGAAUCCUGUGACCCCAUGGUUCUACAGGUUGGAUCCAGUGUGGAUGCUGAGAUACAAAGCUUCCAGAUAAUGUAUGAGGAUGAAGAUACAAGUGAGGGGCAGCAGCAGAGAGGCCUGGAAAGUGGUUCCAUGCUGGAGCCAGAACUAGUGAAGGCAGAAAACAGGAUACUCAGACAAAAGACAUCACUAGCAACUGACUCAAUGAUGGGUGAUGGAUACAGCUUCCUUCCUAUGCUCUGUGAGCCUCUGAGCAUCCAAGAUCCAGGUCUUGCAGAGAUGGGUCUUCAAGAGGUUCCAGAGAAUCCAGAAUUUAAGAGCUAUGAGAAAAUUAACAUAUAUGGAAAGUCAGAUGGCCGCACUAACACUGAGUUGUCAAAACUCUACCGGAAUCAUGGAAGUCGAAUCAAGGGUUUGUUUCUGCCGGCAUCCCUUGCAAGCGUUAGCUCCCAGGAAGACCCAGAGAAGGACCUGAGUAGGUCUCCAGAACUGCAGGAAGAUGACCCACAUUCCUUUGCAUUUGGUUCUGAUGAUUCCAAAGAUGGGGAGAUGGGAGAUGAUCUUCAGAAUUACAGGCUCGUCAGUGUUGUCAGCCACUUCGGGAGCUCCCCAAAUUCAGGCCAUUACGUAAGUGAUGUGUAUGACUUUCAAAGGCAAGCCUGGCUCCUUUACAGUGAUGUCCAAGUGUUCGAGAGUUCAGAUCCCUCCAUUCAGGAGAACAGGCUAAACAGCGGAUACAUCUUCUUUUACAUGCAUAAUGAGAUUUUUGAGGAACUGUUGAAAAAGGCAUCCGAGUGCAAGGUCCUUAGCACAUCUAAAGAGGAAAAGAGGGACAUAGACUACUUCUCAACAUUGCUUAACGGCCUUACAUACAUCCUGGAAGAAUUCUAAAUCCUGCCUAAAAUGAAGAAGAGUCACAUAGCUCAAGAUGAAAACUCGGCAUAAAACAACAAACGGACAUAUUAGAACAGAAACACAGGCCUUGCUGAUGCAGGCUAUGCACCAUUCUUUCCUAUAAGGCUAAAUGGUGCUUUUCCUGUUUUGUGGUGGUUUUAAUUUAUUCACAGAUGUUAAGAAAACUCAUCAUUUUGAGAGUACCAUUUGUUAACGUAAUAGGGGAUCAGGAGAGAUGGUGCAGUAGUUGAGAGUGCAAACUUCUCUCAUAGAGGACCCAAGCUUGACUUCCCAAUACCUAUGUUAGGUGUGAGCGCAGGUGUCCAUGAAGACAGGAGGCAUGGGAUCGCCCAGAAUGGGAAUUAUGAGUGAUAGUAAGUGGCCUGACUUGGGUGCUGGGAACUGAACUUAGGUCUUCUGCAAGGACAGUUUCCACUUUUAAACACUAAGCCAUCUCUUGGCUUUCAUUCUAAUUUUAGUGUGUGUAUUAUCCGUAUGAGCAAAGCAUGAUGCUUUUUAAAUGUUUUUCUGAACCAAUACAACGCAGCAAGGAACCAAUUACAAGUUCACAUGCUGGGGUUCAAUGUCAGAAACAAUACCAGUAGUUACUUAAAAGUUUGAGAAACAUUUAUUUAGUGUGUGGAGUGUCCUAUUAAAUUUUAGUGUAUAUAUAAAUCGCUCAUGUCAUUCCAGAGUUCCUCAUUGUUUUUUUCCCCUAAAUUCAUAUAUGUUGUUGUUUUGUCAAUUUAUUAAAACCAUUGUUUUCCAUAUGUGUUUGUGACUCAUCGAUGAGAUCAUAUAGUUGCCCACCACCUGGUUUUGUGCUUCUCAGAAUUACAGGGUACAUUAAAGUUACACAGGAAAUGAAAUAGAUAGUAUUUGCAAAUUGAAAAGCACUCUAAGGACUCUGGGUAAAAACACCUGCCACCAAGCCCCAUGACCCAACUCUGAUGAGUUGCCCUCUGACCUCUAGGGAAGCUAUCACAUGAACACCCAUAAAUAGAUGGAUGAAUAAAAUCUAAUUUUCUAAAGGUUUACUCAUUUACUAUGUAUAUAGUGUUCUGCCUUCUUGUAGGCCUACACAUCAGAAGAGAGCACCAGAUGUCAUUAUAGAUGGUUAUGAGCCACCAUGAGGCU